AUGGUUCAGAAAGCUGGCAAGUUCACGCCUCAGGUCCUGCUGAGCGCUCCUCGACGAUCCGCUGGAGUGCCGAACUCUUCCGGAACUGCAGUCCUCUACACUACUUCAACAUACAGUUUCGAAACGCACAAGAAGUCCACUGAGCUGCGUGUACUGUUCGUCAAGUCAGGCGACAGUCACCUGCUCGCCAAAGACGACGACAUCAGUGGUUUGAACUGGCUGGACGAGGACGAGUUCACAUGUCUUCAAUCCGAGAAAGACGGUACAACCAGCGUGUACGUGGCGAGUGUCAGCAAAGUCAUAGAAGGCUCAAAGCUGGGUCACAGCCAUUAUAUUGCUGGAAAGAUUGAUACCGCGGCCGGGAAUCUGCAAGUCCAUCGACUAGCCGAAAACGACUUUGCCAUUGCUCUCUCUGCUCAAGCAUAUCCGGAUGGUACCCUUUACAACCCCGAGACUGCGAAGAAGACGCAGGCGACAGGGAGGCUGUACACCUCGCUGAUGGUCAGGCACUGGGAUCACUGGUUGGGAAAGGAGAGGAACGCCAUCUGGUAUGGCAGACUCACGCGGGGGUCAAGCUCUGCAAAAUAUGAGGCCAGCAAGCUCACCAAUGCUCUGGCGAAGACUGGACUGGAAUCGCCAAUUGCCCCAUUUGGUGGCACAGACAACUUCACGAUCGGAAAGCUCGGUAUUGUCUUCGUAGCAAAGGAUCCGGAGCUGAACCCUGCACUGAACACGAAGUGCAAUCUCUACCUCGUGCGUGUGGACUCGUGGGACGCUGGUGAAUCUCGCAAGCCACAGCACAUCGAGCUGCCGGGCUUCGAAGGCGCAUGUGGUUCACCCAUCUUCAGCCCAGAUGGCAAAAGUGUUGCACUGCUCAGCAUGAAAAUCAACGGGUACGAGGCAGACAGGAACCGGAUCCUGAUCGUCGGAGGUCUCGGUGCAGAAGAGACCGUGCCUUUGAAGGCGACUCCAACCGCAUGCGCAGAGACUUGGGAUCGGAGUCCGCAAUCUGUCAGCUGGACAGCAGAUGGCAACUCGUUGGUGGUAACAGCAGAAGAUGUGGGCACCGGCAAGGCGUACUUGAUCACUCCAUCGUCUCGGGAGAUCGUGGCGUUGACGAAGGAUCGCUACGUCAGCGAUGUCAAACCGCUCGCAAAUAGCCAGGUCUUCUUCUCUGGUAGCUCGAUCACCGACAACUCCUUCUAUGGUCUACUUGACUACUCCAAGGCUUCUGCUGCCACGAGUGGUAUUCAAGUCUGGUCGCACUCUAACACAGGCGAAGGCAGCAAGCUGAACCUGCACCAUAGCCAAGUCUCGUCCAUCUGGACACCCGCCAGUAAUCCCAAAGUCAACGAGAAAGUACACAGCCUUGUCAUCAGGCCGAGCAACUAUGACAGCAAAAAACGUUACCCCGUUGCGUACUUGAUUCAUGGCGGGCCGCAGGGCGCUUGGGGAGAUAGCUGGUCAACGAGAUGGAACCCUGCGGUCUUUGCAGAGCAAGGGUACGUUUGUAUCGCGCCCAACUUCACCGGCUCCACAGGCUAUGGUCAAGCCUUUACGGAUGCGAUCCGAGGACAAUGGGGAAAUUGGCCGUACUUUGAUAUUGCCAACGUUUUUGAAUGGGUCGGCGAGAACAUGCCUGAAGCGGACAAUGAUCGCGCGGUCGCGCUUGGAGCUUCAUACGGCGGCUACAUGAUGAAUUGGAUACAAGGCCACCCUCUCGGCCGCAAAUUCAAAGCCAUCGUCUGCCACGACGGCAUCACCAGUUUCGCCGGUGGCCAGUUCUCGACCGAAGAAUUGUACUUCCCGCUCCACGAUCUCGGCUGGGAUCCCUCGGAACAUUUCUCCAAUUGGGCGACUCCCCAGCUCGUGAUACACAGCUCCAAAGACUACCGUCUACCUAUCGGAGAGGGACUCGCAGCAUUCAACGUGCUGCAGGCACGUGGUGUCGACAGUCAAUUGUUGACAUUCCCGGAUGAGAACCACUGGGUCUUGAAGCCGGAGAACAGUCUACUGUGGCAUAAGGUCGUGCUGAAUUGGAUCAACAAGUAUGCUGGCUUGCCGGCUUUUGCGGAGGAGGGAGUGGAGAGCGAGGCGCUUUAUGGGGGCUUCAGGGAGGCGAAGAAGGAGGUGGAGAAUAUGCCGACACAGGGAAAGGUGGAGAUGUAG